AUGGGCCCCUGUACCGCCUCCUCACGCUGCUGCAAGGCCCCUAAUCUGCCAUGGGCCCCCAUGUACCGCCUCCUCACGCUGCUGCAAGGCCCCUAAUCUGCCAUGGGCCCCUGUACCGCCUCCUCACGCUGCUGCCAGGUCCACAGUGUGUCAUGGGUCCCUGUACCGCCUCCCAUUGCUGCUGUCUCCAACGCCACACUCUGCCAUGUGCCACUUUCAGGUCUCCUCACACUGCUGCUGGUUUCCAUUUUGUCAUAGGGUGCUGUAUGGCCUCCCAUUGCUGCUGCCUCCACCGCCACACUGUGGCUCCAAACACUGGUUUUGGCCCCGUGACUGGCCAAAUGAGUGAAGUGUGCGGUGAUCCUAAGAUCGACGGCACUCAUCUGCAUGUCAUACUGACUGACAGUAUUAUUUCUCUUCCCCAGCAGACUCCAAGGGCAUUUAAAUUAAAGGUACAGUGUUCUGCACUAAUAUAA